AUGCCUGCAAAUUGGCUUCAGAGGGCUUUGCCUUAUUUACCAAAGAAUGUUCUCCACGCUUCGACUUCACCAAAUGGUGGAAAGGGCUUUUACAGGAUAGUUUUGACUAGAUCAGCCAUUGGAUUACCAAAAGGUUCUCAGCGCACACUUGAAGCACUCGGUUUGAAUAAAAGAAUGGCUGUCGUUCUUCAUCCUCACUCUCAAGAUACGGCUGGUCAAUUACUCAGAGUUAAAGAGUUGGUCAAGGUCGAUAACAUUUAUGGUGAUGAUUUAAUUCAAGGUAGAGUCAAGAGCGUUAACGGUCCUUCCUCUGGAUUCACAAACGUCGGUUCUGCCGCUGAAACAAGGCGGUGGUAG